CGCGGCCGCGCUAGGGGGCGGCACCGCGCGGCGGUCACGUAGCUCAGGUUCUCGGGCUGCUACCGGACGCGCGUCGGUUAGUUCCUGUGCACCAGUCCCCGCCGUUUCUCCGCCAGCAUGCCGAUGUUCGUGGUGAACACCAACGUCCCCCGCGCCUCCGUGCCGGACGGGCUCCUCUCCGAGCUCACUCAGCAGCUGGCGCAGGCCACCGGCAAGCCGGCCCAGUACAUCGCGGUGCACGUGGUCCCAGACCAGCUCAUGGCCUUCGGCGGCUCAAAUGAGCCGUGCGCGCUCUGCAGUCUGCACAGCAUCGGCAAGAUCGGAGGCGCGCAGAACCGCUCCUACAGCAAGCUGCUGUGCGGCCUCCUGGCCGAGCGCCUGCGCGUCAGCCCGGAUAGGAUCUACAUCAACUACUACGACAUGAACGCGGCCAACGUGGGCUGGAACGGCUCCACCUUCGCGUGAGGGCCACGCCUGCCUGACCCGCCUGCACCAGGCCCUGCCACCCGCAAUAUUGUGCCCGCUUCGCGCCCCCCCCAGCGACCUCCACCUCCAAGUCGGGAUAAAUAAACGGUUUGGAGGCUG